GCAGCCCGGGGCGGGUCCUGCAGCCGGGGAUCGCCAAAGGCGGAGACACGUGGGGCCGGGAGCAGCUGCCGGGAGCGCAGGUGUGUCUUCGGGGUGCUCAGCCCUCGCCAUGCCCACCCUGUACCUCUCCCCGCACCCGGACAAUUUCCAGAACCAGCGGGUGCUGAUUGCAGCCCGCUAUGCCCCCACGCUGCCUGAGGUGGUGGAGCUGCUGGAGCAGGGGCUCCCCCUGCGGCCCCCAGCCUCCUGCCCCCUGCCCAAGCUGCCGGCGUUGGAGAGCCGGCCGGGGGUCUGGGUCUCGGGCCCGGCCGCCGUGGCUCAGCUCCUGUGCCCGGAGCGGCUGAGGGGGCAGGGGCCAGCGGGGGGCGCUCUGGUGCAGCAGUGGGUGAGCUACGCUGACGGGGAGAUCGCCCCUGCUGCCUGCGCAGCCGCCUUCUCCGCCCUGGGUCUGGCGGAGCAGAGCAAGCAGGUGGUGGAGCGGGCAGUGGCAGAGCUACGCCGGGCGCUGGCCGUGCUGGACGGGCACCUGAAGCUGCGCACGUACCUGGUGGCUGAGGCUGUGACGCUGGCGGAUGUGACCGUGGCCUGCGCCCUGCUGCUGCCUUACAAAUAUGUGCUGGACCCCCCCAGCCGGGCUCCUUACCCCAAUGUCACGCGCUGGUUCCUGACUUGCGUCAACCAGCCCCAGUUUCAGGCUGUGCUGGGGCCGGUGAAGCUGUGUGAGCAGGCGCGCGGGGGUGACGCCCCCAAACCGAAGACCCAGGAGUGUGUGGCGCCUGCAGAGAUGGGACCAGCAGCGGGGUCAGCCCCUGGCCCUGGGGAGGCCCCGGUCAAGAGCGCCUCUCAGCUGAAGAAAGAGGCGAAGAAGAAAGAGAAGCUGGAGAAAUUCCAGCAAAAGAAGGAGAAAAGCCAACAGCAACAGGGGGAGAAGAAAGCAAAAGCCGAGAAGAAGGAGAAGAAAGACCCCGGGGUUCUGACCUAUGACAUCCCCACACGCCUGGGGGAGAAGAAAGACGUGACCGGCCCCAUGCCCGACGCCUACAGCCCGCAGUAUGUGGAGGCAGCCUGGUACCCGUGGUGGGAAAGCCAGGGCUUCUUCAAACCCGAGUACGGGCGGCAGCGCGUCUCGGAGCCGAACCCCAAAGGGCUCUUCAUGAUGUGCAUCCCGCCCCCCAACGUCACCGGCUCGCUGCACCUGGGCCACGCGCUCACCAAUGCCAUCCAGGACGCCCUGACCCGCUGGCACCGGAUGCGUGGCGAGACCACGCUGUGGAACCCGGGCUGCGAUCACGCCGGCAUUGCCACACAGGUGGUGGUGGAGAAGAAGCUGUGGCGGGAGCGGGGGCAGACGCGGCACAACCUGGGCCGGGAGGUGUUCGUCCGUGAGGUCUGGAAAUGGAAGAACGAGAAGGGCGACAGGAUCUACCAUCAGCUCAAGAAGCUCGGCUCGUCCAUGGACUGGGAUAGAGCCUGCUUCACCAUGGACCCAAAACUAUCCUACGCUGUCCAGGAAGCCUUCGUCCGGCUGCACGAGGAGGGAGUGAUCUACCGCAGCAAACGCCUGGUCAACUGGUCCUGCACCCUGCACUCUGCCAUCUCCGACAUCGAGGUGGAUAAGAAGGAGCUGCCUGGCCGGACCCUCCUGCCCGUCCCUGGGUACAAGGACAAGGUGGAAUUUGGGGUGCUGGUGUCAUUCGCCUACAAGCUCGAGGACUCAGACGAGGAGGUUGUCGUGGCGACGACGCGGGUGGAGACCAUGCUGGGGGACACGGCCGUGGCGGUGCACCCUCAGGAUCCCCGCUACCAGCAUCUCCAUGGGAAGCGCGUCCUGCACCCCUUCACUGGGCGGCGCAUGCCCAUCGUCUGCGACGACUUCGUGGACAUGGGCUUCGGGACUGGCGCAGUGAAGAUCACCCCGGCCCACGACCACAACGACUACGAGGUGGGGCAGCGCCAUGGCCUGGACUGCGUCACCAUUAUCGACGACAGCGGGUGCCUCAUCAACGUGCCUCCCCCCUUCCUGGGUAUGAAGCGGUUCGAGGCCCGGGGGGCUGUGCUCGAGGCCCUGAAGCAGAAAGGGCUGUUCAAGGAAGUCAAGGACAACCCCAUGGUGGUGCCGGUGUGCAGCCGCUCGAAGGACGUGGUGGAACCGCUGCUGAAGCCGCAGUGGUACGUGCGCUGCGAGGGGCUGGCUCGGGGGGCGGCCGACGCUGUGCGCCGCGGGGACCUGCGCAUCCUGCCCCCCUUCCACUGCAAGACCUGGUUCCAGUGGAUGGACAAUAUCAGGGACUGGUGCAUCUCCCGGCAGCUGUGGUGGGGCCACCGCAUCCCAGCCUACUUCGUCACCAUCGACGACCCCUCGGUGCCCCCAGGAGAGGACACGGACGACCGAUACUGGGUGAGCGGGCGGAGUGAAGAGGAAGCCAAGGACAAAGCGGCCAAAGCCUUUGGGGUGACCAUGGACAAGAUCUCGCUACGGCAAGACGACGACGUCCUGGACACCUGGUUCUCCUCUGGCCUCUUCCCGUUCUCCAUCUUCGGCUGGCCCAACGCCAGCGAAGACCUGAAGGUUUUCUACCCGGGGACCCUGCUGGAGACGGGCCACGACAUCCUCUUCUUCUGGGUGGCGCGCAUGGUCAUGCUGGGGUUGAAGCUGACGGGCAAGCUGCCCUUCCGCGAGGUUUACCUUCACGCCGUUGUCCGGGACGCCCACGGCAGGAAAAUGAGCAAGUCGUUAGGCAAUGUCAUCGACCCGCUGGAUGUGAUCAGUGGGAUCACGCUGGAGGGUUUGCACGCGCAGCUCCUGGAGAGCAACCUGGAGCCGGCCGAGGUGGAGCGAGCCAAGCAGGGCCAGAAAAGCGAUUACCCCGCUGGGAUCCCAGAGUGCGGCACAGACGCCCUGCGCUUCGCCCUCUGCGCGUACACCUCCCAGGGCCGCGACAUCAACCUGGAUGUGAAUCGCAUUCUGGGCUAUCGGCACUUCUGCAACAAGCUCUGGAACGCCACCAAAUUCGCCAUCCGCGGCCUGGGGGCCGGGUUCCAGCCCCCGCCGGGACCGGAGCCCAGCGGUGCCGAGAGCCUGAUCGACCGCUGGAUUCUGAGCCGGCUCAGCCUGGCCGUGGAGCUGAGCGACGCCGGGUUCCGGGCCUACGACUUCCCGGCCGUCACCACGGCCGUCUACAACUUCUGGCUCUACGAGCUCUGCGACGUCUACCUGGAGUGCCUGAAGCCCGUGUUCGCCGAGGGGGGCGCGGCUGCGGUGACGGCCGCCCGCUGCACCCUCUACACCUGCCUGGACGUCGGCCUGCGGCUCCUCUCCCCUUUCAUGCCCUUCGUCAGUGAGGAGCUGUUCCAGCGCCUGCCCCGCCGCGCCUCCCACGCCCCCCCCAGCAUCUGCGUCACCCCCUACCCCAGCCCCGAGCAGUUCUGCUGGCGGGACUGGGGGCUGGAGGGCACGGUCGAGUUCUCGCUGGGCAUCGUCCGCGCCGUGCGUUCCCUUCGGGCCGACUACAACCUCACCCGGACCAGAGCUGACUGUUUCCUGCAGUGCCUGGACUCGGGCGCGGCCGACGCCGCCAGCCGCUGCUCCGCCUACAUCCGCAGCCUCUCCUCCUCCGGCCUCGUGCGGGUGCUGGGCCCGGGCGAGGCGCCCCCUGCUGGCUGCGCCGUGGCCGUCGCCUCCGACAAGUGCACCGUCCACCUGCUGCUCAAGGGUCUGAUCGACGCGGAGAAGGAGAUCUCCAAGCUGGCCGGGAAGCAGGGUGAGCUGCAGAAGCAGAUUGAGCGGCUGCGGGAGCGGAUGGGAACCCCCGAUUACGGCACCAAGGUGCCCCCCAAGGUCCAGGAGGCCGACGCUGCCAAGCUGCAGCAGAGCCGGACCGAGCUGCAGAAGGUGACGGAGGCGGUGGAGACUUUCCAGAGGAUGAUCUGAGACGGACUGACCCCGCGGCUCAAUCGCCCCCCCCACCCCCCGCCAAAUCUC